CAUUUUUUGACUGCGUCAAACUGUCUCUACCUCCAUACGAAAAUGGAUGCCAAGAAAAUAAAAUAAAAAAUUCGAGCACAAAAAUAUCGUCAACUUAAAAAAUUUAAACGCGAUUAUUUAUAUGAACGAGGAAAACGUGAUGCAUGUAAUAAACCAAGUUUUAGCGGUGUAACUUCAAAAGAUUAUAUGGAUAAUAUAAAUGUAAGAGAAGAAUUGAGUGAUUCCGAUGUAAAUCAUAUGGAUGACAUAAACGUAGAAGAAGUGUUGAGUGAUUCCAGUAAUUAUACGGACAAUAUAAACGUAGGAGAAGUGAUGAAUGAUUUUAAUGGAAGUGAUUCAGAAACUGUGAAUGAAGAAAUUGAUAAUAAUAAUGAUCAGAGUGAUGUUAAUGAGCAUAUAAUUGAUGAAGAAGAAAUCGAAGAAAUAUCGAAACUACGAUCGUGGGCUAUUGAAUGUAAAAUUCCGCUAGUACAUCUUGAUAAAUUGUUAAAAAUCCUUCAACAAAGACUCUUGCCUACAUUACCAAAAUCAUCAACAACGUUUUUAAAAACUAGUACCUUAUCAUAUGAAAUAAGCAAAAUGGAAGACUGCGAUAACAUUACAAAUGGAGAAUAUUCGUAUUUUGGUGUUGAACAAGGAUUGCAAUCUUGCGUCAAUUCUGAAAUACAUUCUGGCAACCUUAUCGAAUUACAAAUUAACAUUGAUGGAAUGAAACUAUUUAAAUCGAGUAUAAAAUCUAUGUGGCCUAUUCUAAUCAAAAAUACAUUUCAAGCCAGACAUUUAUAAGCCCUUUGUAGCUGCUGCUUAUGUGGGUAAUAGUAAACCCAAAUCAAUCAAUUUUUUUAUGAAAGAUUUUAUUGCUGAAAUUAAUAUCUUGCAAAACAGAGGUACAGUUAUAAAUAACAAACAUUAUGGUAUAAAAAUAAAAUGUUUCAUUUGUGACACACCUGCCAGAGCAUACCUUAAAUGUAUUAAAGGUCACAAUGCAAAAUAUAGUUGUGAACGAUGUCUGAUAGAGCGUCAAACUAAGCAUAAGAUAGCCACAUAUUUAGAUGUUAAUUGCCCUAAAAGAAGCGAUGAAAGUUUCCGCAAUUUUUCUCAUAUGGACCAUCAUGUAGCAGUAUCACCUUUACUAUGCAUAAAGCCGCCAGUCAACAUGGUCAAUGAUUUCCUACUCGAUUCGAUGCACUUGUGCUACCUAGGAGUUAUGAAACGUUUAGUUGAUGCUUGGAUGUCAUCUGAUUUUAAUGUGCAGCUGAGUAAUAAUCAAAAAAAUUUAUUGUCAAGUCGAAUAGAAAAAAUAAGAUUUCAACAGCCCGAGGAAUUCCACCGAAAAAUUAGAGGUAUUGAGCACCAUGCUAAAUUUAAAGCCACGGAUUACCGAUUU